UUAUAAACCAAAGCCGUGCGGAAGGCAGUGAUGUGUGUUAAGAGGGAUUUCUGUUUUUUCGUGGAAUAAGGCACAACUGUGGGAAAAUAUUCUGUUCUGGGAUAAAACAUAUUGUUAAAAUAAGUUCAGGAAGGACAUGAGAGGAGAAACGGCUGUGGAAAAUGGUGUUGAAGUGGUUGAACAUGGAGGAGCAGCAGCACUAACUUCACUCGGGAGUCGACCUGGAGGUGAGGGGUCAGAUAUGGACAACCAGCACUUUGAACAGGGUGGUGGAGUCCAAGAAGACUUUCCGUCAAGCCCUCAGAACGGAAACUCUGAAGAUUUGAUCAGAGAGAACCCUUUUUAUGCAUAUUACAAGGAAUCGACUAGUAACACUGAUGGAAUGGAGGCUUCUGUACAAGCAGACGAUUCCAUCUCUGUACCCACUAUAAAAUUCCUAGGCUCACCUCAGGAACUUGGUUAUGGAAUUAAGGCCACGGAAAACGGAGCUAUCCUGUCUGAACAUCUUAACGUGCCUCAGAGGUACGACCCUAAAGACGAGCUCUUCAGACCGUCCUCUCUGAGGCUCAAUGGCACCGCCAGUGGGGAUUUUCAUGAUAAGUUCUCUAAACCCAUACAGAGAAAUGGCUCAGACAUUGUCACAGAUGACGUGGAUGCUUUGUUUGUCUCAUCUAACAAAGGGAAGGAUUUGAGCCGCUUUCCACAAGCCGUGGCACCAAACCCAUUUUAUAAAACUUUGGCCUCAGAAGCAGAUUUGUUCUCAAGGAACCGUGAGGACCUCUUCCAAGCAAACGACACCCAAGACGAUGCCCCCAGCACAGACAACAACAAGUCUUUUAAGGAAGGGUUUGAUGUAUUUUCAUUGCCUACAAAUCCGGUGGAUCCAUUCCCAAGUCCGCUCCCAAGGAAUUUAUUCAACGCCCCCAGUUUGGAUGAUCCUUUUGGUCCGACUCCCUCCAAGACGAUGUCCUCUACAUCUUUAACCAAUCGCCCAUCUGAGUUCAAGUUAGACACACCAGCGUCAACAGGUCUAGUAAAGAAAACUCCACCAAAAGUUCCUCCAGCUGUUCCACGAAAGCCUCAGAUCAAACCAAGAAAUAUUUUGACGACGCCUCAGGGAAGCAAAGAGGAAUUUCUUGAGUCAACCUCCUUCAGCCAGGCCAGCAGUCCGUCCUCCUCGCCCAGCAUUUCUCCAGCUGACAUUACUCACGUGCAAACUUUCAGACGGCCACCGAGACCCGUUCCUCGAACUCGACGCCCCAAAGCAGAGAAACCACCAGCACCGGAGAGACUUCCACCCCCUUCACACUCUACUAAACUGGAACCAGAAGUACCUGAAGCGCACACUACUGAGCCAGAACUGCCAAAACCUCCAUUUAAACCAGUCCUUAAACCUCUUCCUAAAAUAGUCCUUCCCCACAAACCAAAGAAACCGGAGAACAAACCAUUGGAACCUGAGAACUUUGUGUUUGAGGACGUCCUCCUUAUUGGACAGGAACACUGUGUGGAGGAUUGGCCUGAGGACAGUCCUGAGCUGGAUCCAGACUUUAAGCCAUCUGGAACAUUUAAGCUACGAAGAGAGUCCAUGAAGGCCAAGAUGGAGUCAGAUGGAGGAAGCAGUGAAGAUCCUGACGGGACCUUUGGUCACGUUAAGAAGAAGGACAGGAAACUGCGAAUGUCGCUGCUGUCCAGAAGAAGCUCAAAGGACAAGUAUUCAGAUGAUUCCAUGGAGGGAAAGAGCAACACGCUGCCCAGCCGACGAAAACCCCCCAAGGAGUUUGGUUCCAAUGACUAUAUUUCUACAGGAGAUGAUGAAGAUAAUUAUAGUUUGGACUAUAAAAAAAAAUCUUCAAAGGCCAAAGUCAGUCACCUGUUUCGGAGAGCCUCUGAUGCUUCCUCUACGUACAACGACAAGCGCAUGAACGAGUAUUCACAUUCAAAGGAUGGUGACCAUAAGAAAAGCAGCAAGAGGAAAAACACAAUCGUACGACGACAGUCGGCGGACUCGGUGUUGGACGAUGAUUAUGAAGAUGGGGAGAAAGGUGGCCAUCGGCAGAGGAGCAAUAGCAAGGUGAAAAUCAAGUUUGUGCCACAAAGGGGAUUUGCCAUAUCAUUAGAAAAGCCACAUGAUGAACCAAAAGGAGCUCAUGGUUAUACAUCUCGCAAGGGCUCAAAGGACAAAUCUGUUGAAGAAUUUGGAGCGCAUGGCUACACACCUCGUGACAAGCUCCAGGAUGAUGAUUUUGAGGAGAUGGAAGCCCUCAGUCUUCACUCUGCUAAGGCUGCUACCAUGGAUGACGUACAGCAAAAGUCUCAUCGUUACUCACCAAGUCUGCAGGGGGAUGACGAUGUCGAAUUGAGCAAAGAACGCAAACAUAAAAAGUCCAAACGUAAGAUUCAUCUGCCACACAAAUCUAAGGCAUCACACGGACUGAAAGAGAAGGGCUCCACUGAUGACGAAAUAACAGAAAAAGAUAUGAAGUCUCACGAAGAGGAGUAUGAUGAAGAUCCAGAUGAGAUUGAAAUGCUCAAACUGAAAAAGCCAUUCAAGUUUAAAGUUUCCAAAAAACCCAAGCACAAGAGCAAAAAGAACCAAUCAGAAGCCCCACCUGAUGAGCACCUCUCUGAGGCUGCUAAGGCAGCAUGGCAGGCUGCUCAGAUGGACGAACAAGCUGCAGCCGGUGAAGAGGAGGACGAGGAAGACGGGGACACGGACAGUUUAUUGGAGUGGUGGUACACAGUAGAAAAAUGGGACGAACUGCCAUCGGAUGAAGAGGAGGCAGCCGUCAAAGAGGAUGAGUCAAAGUCAUUCACCGUCUUGGCAGACAAGGUCGAACGCGGCCUGCGUCUCUUCAACAAGGUGUUCACCGAGCAGGCCGAGGUCCUGUGGGAGUCCAUCAUCUCACUCCACGCCCUCGCCGACGACAUCAAUGAGUUCCAUCACAAAGCCAAGAUCGCUGGGAUCAGCGGGGGCACAACCACCGCAGUGGGCACUGUGGCAGCCAUCACUGGCCUGGCUCUGGCUCCCGUGACCUUCGGAGCGUCCCUGAUAGUUACGGCUGUGGGCGUGGGAGUGGCAACGGCUGGGGGGAUCACCUCCGCCUCUGCAGCCAUCUCUGAUAACGUCAACAACAAGAACGAACGCAAAAAGAUCGAGGGUCUGCUGCAGGAGUACGAAGAGCGAAUGCUGGAGAUCUCGAACAUCCUCCACUUUGUCAAUAAGGGCUUGUACAAGCUGCGCGGCCACCCUUUCCUCAGGUCCGGCACGCAGCACUAUUCCCAGGACUGGGAAAUCCGUAAAGCGGUCCAGAUGAUCAGCAUUGUGGAUUCACCUGUGAUGAGAGCGACGCAGAUGACUGACGACGCCGUGGACUCCCUGCAGGGACUUUUCAAAGGUAUGGACAAGUACUUUGUGAACGAAACCAGAGAGCUGAAGAAAGGCUGCAGGAAGGAGAUUGUGGCCGUUAUAAAACAAGUGGCAAACGUGCUGAAUGACUGCAUCGUGGGGCUGAACGCCAUCAGAGAGGAUCUGCAGGAGGCUACUGGACAGAUGUGAACAACCUUCAUGAUCACGCUGAUCAUGGCUCUCCACUGACAUCUCCUGGCUGAAACUAAGAACUGCUGUUCCAUGUUGCAUCAUUCUUGGAAAAUAUUCAACCUCUGUGAAACUCAUGAAGAUAUUUUUGGCAUUGUGGCUGAGAAAUUAGUUUUUUCCACGUUUUUAGACCUUAGAUUAAUUUUUUACUUGUAUAGUAAAACACAGAUAAGUUUCUUUACUCAUCUUUUGUUCAGCUUGAGCAGCAUCAAAGUUUUUUUUCCUAUAUAAAUGUCUCAGAAUUGUUAGAAUCUAGUGAACCAAAGUGAUAAUUGUCAGAUUUUGGCAGAAUGUUUUGCAGGUCAUAGGCCCUUGUACUGUGAGACUUUUAAUCUUUUAAGUUGUAAAAAAGAAUCUUGUUUUCAUAAUCAGGUGUCAAUAGAUAAAUUUAUUAUUAUAACUUAAAUUGGUUUGUUCAAAAUAUAGCUCAUGUUUUGCAACGAGGGAGUUGGUUUGAUUUAUUCAAAAGCUUGAACACAUUUUAAUGCUUUUCAUUUUUCCUGAAAGAGUUGUCUGAGAUGAAUGCAAAGCAUGUUGCAGGACAAACUGAAGUUUUUUCUGCUUGAUUGUAGGCGCAUUGUCAUUUUAUUAUCCAUACUGAAUCAUCCAGCUGCUAUUUUACCCCUAACCACCCUUAACCAGAGGCAUUCUUAACAUUUGACUUAUCCAGCUUUGACAGGCCACUGUCAUUGCAAUGCUGACGUAUUUGUUCAUUUAUUUGCAUUUUAACAUGAAUGUAACUGUAUAGGUUUUUAAUUGUUCUAUUUUACUAUAUUCAAUAUGUCCUGGUUAACCCAAGAAUAAAAUGUAAAAAUGACACAUUUUCA